AUGAUCCGGAGCGGCUCUAACAUGAGGUGGGAUCUGCUGAUCGGUACUCUGCUCUGUCUCACACCGCCGGUGUCGGGCGGCCGCGCGCUGCGGAUCCGGAACCGACCGGGAGAGGAGAUCACGCGCGUGCCGAGGGACGCAGCCUGCACGCUGGACCAGGUCCUCGCUCCCGAGUUCAUCCGGGGCUUUGUGGAGACGGACGCGGAUGAGGGCACGGUGACCCUGUCGGGCUCCGUGCCCUGCGCGUCCCUACCGUCCAACCCGUUCCCGCUGUACACGGUGACCGACUGCACGAGCAGAGAGUCGGAGUUCACGCUCAGGCAUCUGGUGUCCACCCGGUACCGGGUGCACGUGCACGGGUCAGGGUGCCUGAGUCAACGCAGACCCAGGGACAGAUGGGACGUGGAGGUCAUCAGUCUGGAGACCCUGGACACGAAGGACUCAGGGUGCCACCCGGCCGGAGGGAGACUGUUCCCGGUCCGGGACGUCCUUCCGGUACCCGCCGGGGCCUCCUGUAACGUAACCGGCUCUGACAUGUUUUACUUCUCUGAGGGGUCCUUGUACGUUUCACGGACUUUAUGUCUGAAGCCGGACCUUCUCCAGGAGUUUGACCUGCGCUGUGGAGACGGGACCACCGUACACUGGCGCAUGGGCCGCGGACCCUUCAGACAGACCUACCUGGAGCGACUGCUGACCAAGCUGGCGUCUGGAAGCACGUCUGGUCUGCUGAGCAGGAAUAAACGUAACAUAAAGAACUCCAACCCGCAAUUUCAGCCGCCCAUGUACCAGGUGUCGGUGCCGGAGAACAAACCGGCAGGUACCAGCGUGGUCGUCCUGAGAGCCGUCGACCCAGACGAGGGAGACGCCGGGCGUCUGGAAUACUUCAUCGAGGCGCUCUUCGAUAGUCGCUCCAAUAACCUCUUCGAAGUGGACGCAGAAAGUGGCCUGGUGACGACGGCGGAGGAGCUGGACCGAGAGACCAAGGACACUCACGUGUUCCGGGUCACGGCCGUGGAUCACGGGUCGCCCCGGCGCACCGCCAUGGCCACGCUGACCAUCAGUGUGAGCGACAUGAACGAUCACGCCCCGGUGUUCGAGCAGCAGGACUACAAGGAGAGCGUGAGAGAGAAUCUGGAAAUGGGCUACGAGGUGCUGACGGUCCGAGCCACCGACGGAGACGCGCCGGUGAACGGGAACAUUCUGUACAACAUCCUGAACGCAGACGGAUCUAACGGCGUGUUCGAGAUCGACCCGCGCUCCGGCGUGAUUCGGACCUGCGGACCUGUGGACCGAGAAACCGUGGAGUCGUACGUGCUGCUUGUGGAAGCCAACGAUCAAGGUCGGGACCCUGGACCUCGCAGCGCCACUGCGACGGUGCACAUCGUGGUGGAGGACGAUAACGACAACGCGCCGCAGUUCAGCGAGAAACGCUACAUGGUGCAGGUGCCCGAAGAUCUGGGUCCCAACACCGAGAUCCUACAGGUGAACGCGAGCGACCGGGACCGCGGCGGUAACGCGGUGGUUCACUUCAGCAUCAUGAGCGGUAACACCAGAGGACAGUUCUACAUCGACGCCCAAACUGGGAAGCUGGACCUGGUGAGCCAGCUGGAUUACGAGACCAACAAGGAGUACACGCUGAGAAUCCGGGCCCAGGACGGCGGGCGUCCACCUCUGUCCAACAUCUCCGGCCUGCUCACGGUGCAGGUCCUGGAUGUCAACGACAACGCCCCGAUUUUCGUCAGCACGCCGUUCCAGGCCACCGUCCUGGAGAACGUUCCUCUGGGAUACUCCGUCAUACACAUCCAGGCUGUGGACACCGACUCCGGGGACAACUCCAGGCUAGACUACCGCCUCACGGAGACCACGCCGGACUUCCCUUUCACCAUCAACAACAGCACCGGGUGGAUCGUCGUGGCAGCCGAGCUGGACCGGGAAAGCGUGGACUUCUACACCUUCGGCGUGGAGGCCCGGGAUCACGGCACACCCGCCAUGUCGUCCUCGGCGAGCAUUAGCAUGACCGUCCUGGAUGUGAACGAUAACAACCCCGAGUUCACUCAGAAAGCGUACUUCAUGCGCCUGAACGAGGACGCGGUGGUCGGGACGAGCGUGGUGACCGUCUCGGCCGUGGAUCGGGACAUAAACAGCUUGGUGACCUACCAGAUCUCGAGCGGCAACACGCGUAACAGAUUCUCCAUCACCAGCCAGAGCGGCGGCGGACUCAUCACGCUGGCGCUUCCUCUGGACUAUAAACUGGAGCGGCAGUACGUGCUCAGUAUCACCGCUUCUGACGGCACGCGCUUCGACCUGGCGAAGGUCUACAUCAACGUCACCGACGCCAACACCCACCGGCCCGUGUUCCAGAGCUCGCAUUACACCGUCAACAUCAACGAGGACCGCCCGGUCGGUACCACCGUGGUGGUCAUCAGCGCCACGGACGAGGACACGGGCGAGAACGCGCGCAUUACCUACGUCAUGGACGACAGCAUCCCGCAGUUCAGCAUCGACCCGGACUCGGGGGCCGUGACCACCCAGACGGAGCUGGAUUACGAGGAUCAGGUGUCGUACACGCUGGCCAUCACGGCGCGGGAUAACGGCAUACCGCAGAAAUCCGACACCACCUACCUGGAGAUCCUGGUGAACGACGUGAACGACAACUCGCCCCGCUUCCUGAGGGACCGCUACUCCGGCUCGGUCAUGGAGGACGUGUCCGUCUACACCAGCGUGGUCCAGGUGUCGGCGACGGAUCGAGAUUCCGGGUUGAACGGGCGAGUUUUUUACACCUUUCAGGGGGGUGAUGAUGGCGACGGCGACUUCAUCAUCGAAUCCACGUCUGGAAUCGUGCGCAUCCUGAGGCGGCUGGACCGGGAGAACACCGCCGUCUACAACCUGCAGGCUUAUGCCGUGGAUAAAGGUCUUCCCGCCAUGAAAACCCCGGUGGACAUCCUGGUGACCGCCCUGGACGUCAACGACAACCCGCCGGUCUUUGAGAAGGAUGAGUUCGACAUCUUCGUGGAGGAAAACAGCCCCAUCGGUCUGGUGGUGGCCCACAUUUCAGCCACAGACCCCGACGAGGGGAGCAACGCCCAGAUCAUGUACCAGAUCGUGGAGGGAAACUUCCCGGAGCUCUUCCAGCUGGACAUCUUCACCGGCGAGCUCACGGCGCUGACGGAUCUGGACUACGAGACCCGGUCCGAGUACGUCAUCGUGGUCCAGGCCACCUCGGCCCCUCUGGUCAGCCGAGCCACCGUGCACAUCAGACUCCUCGACCGGAACGACAACCCGCCCGUCCUGAAGAACUUCCAGAUCGUUUUCAACAACUACGUGACGGAGAAGUCCAAGAGCUUCCCGACGGGCGUGAUCGGGAGGAUCCCGGCUCACGACCCCGACGUCUCCGAUCAGCUGAGCUACAGGUUCGAGGCGGGAAACGAACUGAAGCUGCUGAUCCUGAACCAGAGCACCGGGGAACUGCAGCUCAGCCGAGACCUCGACAACAACCGGCCGCUGGAGGCCUCCAUGAGGAUCGGCGUCUCAGACGGCGUUCACUGGGUGUCGGCUCAGUGCCUGCUGCAGGUCACCAUCAUCACAGACGAGAUGCUCUCCAACAGCAUCACCGUCCGGCUGGCCAACACCUCUCAGGAGCGCUUCCUGUCCGUCCGGCUGGCCCAGUUCCUGGAGGGCGUGGCCCACGUCCUGUCCGCCCGCCGCGACGACGUGGUGGUCUUCAACAUCCAGGACGACACGGACGUCAACGCGGCCGUCCUGAACGUCAGCCUGUCGGUGUCGCGUCUGGGCGCGGGGUGGGCGGAGUUCGUGGGCUCGGAGGAGCUGCAGGAGCGUCUGUACCUGAACCGGACCCUGCUGGCGCGGAUCUCCUCGCAGGAGGUGCUUCCCUUCGACGACAACAUCUGCCUGCGCGAGCCCUGCGAGAACUACAUGCGCUGCGUGUCGGUGCUGAAGUUCGACAGCCUGGCGCCCUUCGUCUCCUCCGACACCCUCCUGUUCCGCCCCAUCCAGCCCAUCGCCGGCCUGCGCUGCCGCUGCCCCGCCGGCUUCACCGGGGAGUUCUGCGAGACCGAGAUCGACCUGUGCUACUCCAACCCCUGCGGCAACCACGGCGUGUGCCGCUCUCACGAGGGCGGGUUCGUCUGCCAGUGUCUCCAUGACUACACAGGUGAGAGGUGUGAGGUGUCGACCCGCUCGGGGCGCUGCGUGCCCGGGGUGUGUAAAAACGGAGGCACGUGUGUGAACCUGUUAGUGGGGGGGUUCAAGUGCGAGUGCCCCCCCGGAGCCUACGAGAAACCCUACUGCCACAUGAGCACCCGCAGCUUCCCCGCCCGCACCUUCAUCACCUUCAAGGGUCUGAGGCAGAGGUUCCACUUCACGCUCACGCUCAGCUUUGCCACUAAUGAAGUGAACGGUCUGCUGCUCUAUAACGGGCGCUUUAAUGAGAAGCACGACUUCAUCGCCGUGGAGAUCAUAAACCAGCAGAUCCAGCUCACCUUCUCUGCAGGUGAAACGAAGACGACGGUGUCACCCUUCAUCCCCGGAGGAGUGAGUGACGGAGAGUGGCACACUGUCCACGUUCACUAUUACAACAAGCCUCUCCUGAAUCAGGCGGGACUCCCGCAGGGUCCGUCCGACCAGAAGGUCGUCGUGGUGACGGUGGACGACUGUGACACGUCGGUGGCUCUUCGCUUCAGUCACGUGAUCGGCAACUACUCGUGCUCGGCCCAGGGCAGCCAAUCAGGAUCCAAAAAAUCUCUGGACCUGACCGGACCGCUGCUGCUGGGCGGAGUCCCUCACCUGCCCGAGGAUUUCCCGGUGCAGAGCCGGCAGUUUGUGGGCUGCAUGAAGGACCUGCACAUCAACAGCAGAUACGUGGACAUGAACUCCUACAUCGCCAAUAACGGCACGGUGCCAGGAUGCUCAGCGAAGAGGCAGUUCUGCGUGAGCGGCUCCUGCAUGAACGGAGGGACCUGCGUGAGCCAGUGGGGGUCGUUCAGAUGUGACUGCCCCCCGGGGUUCGGAGGGAGGAACUGCGAGAGCGCGAUGCCCGACUCUCAGCGUUUCCAUGGUAACAGCUUGUUGUUAUGGACUGACCCGUCCGUGCUGGUAACCGACCCCUGGCUGCUGGAGUUGACGUUCCGGACCCAGCGACCCACGUCCACGCUGCUGCACCUCACCACCAGCCUUCAGCAGAACCUCACCGUACAGGUGCGUGACGGCGGUGUGUUGAUGUCCCUCCAACGUGGCGAGGACUCGGCCGUGUCCCGGCUGGAGGAGGCGUUUGUUACCGAUGGAGAGUGGCACCACCUACAGCUGGAAGUGGGAACGUCACCCACCGGCGGCGGUGCAGAGCUCACGGCGACACUCGCGCUCGACCGGGGUCUCUACAGGUCCUCGAUGCAGGUGGACAGCUCUCUGAAUGGAGUGACGUUGAAGACGGUGAGUGUGGGCGGCAUCGCUACCGGCAACAACAAGGUGCUGCAUGGAUUUCAUGGCUGUGUCCAGGGUCUGCGUGUGGGUGGUGCCUCUCUGAGUGUGUUGCAGGCUCACCGGUUGAACGUGGACGACGGUUGCUCCGUCUCUGACUCCUGCACCUCCAGCCCCUGUCCCAAAAACAGCCACUGCACCCAGCACUGGGGCGGCCACGCCUGCACCUGCCAUCCAGGUUACUAUGGCGACAGCUGCACGGACGCCUGCGCCCUGAACCCCUGCGAGCACCAAUCGGCCUGCAGCAGGAGCGCUGACUCCGCCCACGGCUACACGUGCGAUUGUCGCGGCAACUACUUCGGACGCUACUGCGAGAAAAAGACCGACCUGCCGUGUCCCCGGGGUUGGUGGGGACACAAGACGUGUGGCCCCUGUAACUGUCCCACUGAUCAAGGCUUCGAUUCUGACUGCAACAAGACCAGUGGAGAGUGUCGCUGCAAGGAUAACCACUACCGCCCGGCAGGAAGUGAUGUGUGUUUGCUGUGCGAGUGCUACUCGGUGGGUUCCCUCUCCCGGGUGUGUGACAGGGUGAGCGGGCAGUGCCAGUGUAAGCCGGGCGUCAUCGGGCGCCAGUGCGACCGCUGUGAUAACCCAUUCGCUGAGGUCUCGGCCAACGGCUGCGAAGUGAUCUAUGACAGCUGCCCUCAGGCCAUGGAGGAGGAGAUCUGGUGGCCCCGGACCAGGUUUGGACUCCCCGCGGCGGUGCCGUGCCCUAAAGGAUCCAUGGGGACGGCCGUCAGACACUGUGAUGAACAUAAAGGGUGGCUCCCUCCCGACCUCUUCAACUGCACCUCCAUCACCUUCUCCAAACUCAAACCCCUGGUGGACGAGGUGAGCCGGAACGUGUCGGCGUUGGAUUCGGUGAAGGUUCAGCUGGCGGCGUCUCUGCUCUACAACGCCACGGCGACCACGCCCGCGUACUACGGCAGCGACGUUCACAUCGCCUACCGCCUCACACACACACUGCUGCAGCACCAGAGCCACGCCCAUGGCUUCAACCUGGCCGCUACGCAGGACGUCCGCUUCAACGAGCAUCUGCUGCGUGUGUGCAGCUCCAUCCUGUCGGAGGAGACGCGUCCUCACUGGGAGCAGAUCCAGCGGACGCAGGGGGGCACGGCGGCCCUGCUGAGACAGUUCGAGGAGUACACACACACCCUGGCCCAGAACAUGAGGAGGACCUACCUGAACCCCUUCACCAUCGUCACACCCAACAUCGUGCUCUCCAUGGAUCGCCUGGACAGGAUGAACUUCGCCGGCGCCCAACUCCCUCGCUAUCAGUCCCUGCACGGACUCCGCCCGCCGGACCUGGACGCCACCGUCACGCUCCCCAGUUCCGUCUUCAGCCCCGCCCACGAGAUCAAAGGUCACAGGCAUCACGGCGAGCCGGCGUCGGACCUCGCCAGGAACCAGACGUCCAGUCGGAAGAGGCGGCACCCGGUCGGGCACGAGCAGAGCGCCGUCGCUAGUGUCAUCGUCUUCCACACCCUCGCCACGCUGCUGCCCGAGAGAUACGAUACGGAUAAGAGGAGUCUGAGGGUACCCAAGCGGCCGGUGAUCAACACCCCGGUGGUGAGUGUGAUGGUGUUCGAUAAUGAAGAGCUGGUGCAGCACACGCUGGAGAGACCCGUCACCCUGCAGUUCCGCCUGCUCACCACCGAGGAGCGCUCCAAACCCAUCUGUGUGUUCUGGAACCACUCCAUCGGUGAGGGUGGCUGGUCCUCUAAAGGAUGUGAGGUAGUGUUCAGGAACAACACACACAUCAGCUGCCAGUGUUACCACAUGACCAGCUUCGCUGUACUGAUGGAUAUAUCACACCGGGAGAACGGUGAGAUCUUACCCAUGAAGCUGGUGACCCUGUGCACUGUGUCAGUGACUCUGGGCUUCAUCUUCCUCACCAUCAUCUUCCUCACCUGCCUGAGAGACCUGAACUCCAACCAGAGCAGCAUCAUCAACAACGGCGCCGGCGCUCUCUUCAUCGCCCAGCUGCUCUUCAUCCUCGGCAUCAACCAGACCGACAACCCGUUUGUGUGCACCAUCAUCGCCAUCCUGCUGCAGUUCUUCUACAUGUGUGUGUUCUCCUGGAUCUUUCUGGAAGGAUUACACGUCUACCGCAUGCUCAGUGAGGUCCGGGACGUCAACUACGGUCCCAUGCGCUUCUACUACCUGAUUGGCUGGGGGGUUCCUGCCAUCAUCACCGGUCUGGCGGUGGGUUUGGAUCCUGAGGGUUACGGGAACCCAGACUUCUGCUGGAUCUCUCUGUACGACACCCUGAUCUGGAGUCUGGCCGGACCCAUCGCUCUGGUGGUGGCUAUGAACCUGUUCCUCUACAUUUUGGCCUCCAGAACCUCCUGCUCUCUCAGAUCGAACAGCUGUGAGAAGAAACCGCCGUCAGUGUGUGGCCUGAGGGCGGCGUGUGGCGUGCUGUUAUUGGUGACGGUCACGUGUUUACUGGCUCUGCUGUCAGUAAACAGCGACCUGAUUCUCUUUCACUACCUGUUCGCUGCAUUCAACUGUAUACAGGGUCCGUUUAUCUUCCUGGUGAGGAUCGUUCUCAGUUCGGAGGUUCGAGGUGCCGUGAGGUUCUGCUGCAGCAAAAAACGCCCCGGACACUCAAAAACCAAACCUUCAUCCUACAGCAGUACAUAUGUAGACGGGCGCGUGUAUCAUCUCUCCUACUCUGAAUCCAGCGUUUCUCUGAAUGGAACCAUCAAGAGCCACAACAGCUACGUCCCCUUCAUCCUCAGGGAGGACGGGGGUUUGGGUGGAGGUGAUGUUCCUCUGAACGACCACCAAACUAAAGACGACUCAGAUUCGGACAGUGACCUGUCGGAGCUGGAGGACGAUCAGAGCGGCUCGUACGCGUCCACACACUCGUCCGACAGUGAGGAUGAGGAACAGUACGUACCUGAGGAAUGCUGGGAAAAUCUGGUUACUAAGGGUGACCGAGAACAGGAUCUGAGUUUGAUUGAAUGUGAAUCCGGAGCUUCGACCAAAUUAAAGGUGGAAACCAUCAGCCAAUCAGAGGAGAGAGCAGAGGAUCAUGGGAAAGAGAACACACUGCCCUUAUUACUACACAACCUACACACACAACCACACAAAGGUAUCCUGAAGAAGAAACCUUUAUCUCCCAUCGCCGAGAGAAACGGCGGCUUUCACCGAAUCCACAACCAGCUCGGUCCCUCAGGCCCCGCCCCCUCCAGAGCACCUGUCUCUCCUGUAGGCCCCUCCCCCUCCAGAGCACCUGUCUCUCCUGUAGGCUCCGCCUCUAGGGAGCCCCGAGUGGGAGGGGCCACGAACGGAGCGGCUCCGCUAGUGCAGACGCGAGCGCAGGACAGCGACUCCUCCGGAUCAGAUCGUUCUCAUCAAACUGACAUGUGAUUGGCUGAAAGACAGGAGGGGGUGUGUCCUUGCAGCUCUGAGGACAGGGGUGCGGUCCUGUCCACCACCUCUGAAGCCACGCCCACCAGCCUGAGGAUCACGGGAGGAACCCCCGGGCCGCUGAGCAAUCCCACAGUUCCUGGGGAGACUCCGCCGACCACGCCCGCCUCACUGGAUCGGAUUUAUUUUAGUGUCGUUUACAUGAACUGAUGCACUUUUGGAAGAGACGUUUUUACCCCCCGGGGUGAACGAAGACGCCGAGCUUAAAUAUCAGGGAUUGUUUUAGUUUCAUAAGCGAUGGGACGGCUGGAGCUGGAGCUCGUGCUGUAGUGGAGGAACACUGCUACUGAACACAACUAGACUACUGAAACUGGACUACUGGAUUCCAGACUCACACUGCAGGGCGAUACAUCACUGUACAACCAGAUUUCUGCUGAUCAGACUGGAAAGAUCUGAACUACUGAUUCUUACCUGAUGGAAAUGAUAAAAAGAGGCUGAGAUCAGACUGGAGAGAUCAGAUCCCAUCAGAUGGAAGCAGUUUUGGGUGAAAAGGGAUUAAAAAUGGACUAAAGCUCAGGUUUGAUACCUUCUGAUCUCUCACGGUGGAGCUCUGAGACCUUCUGAUCUCUCACGGUUGCACCGUCCAGCCUUCAUUUUCUUUCACCCAUUAAGAAGAACCUGAAACAUCAGCAGCCUUUUACACUGAGAUGUUUUAUAUAAUAUCAGGAUAAAUGUGUACAGGUUUUGAUAGAAACGUUGCUGAUUUUCCAGCUGAAGGAUUUGUUACUGGUGUGUGUGUGUGUGAUUGUUCUGAGAUGAACCAUGAAGGAAGAUCUGAUAAAUCUGAUGUAAAUAUUCUGUAAGUGAAACUAAAAUUCUUCACUGAUUUGAUUCUGAAUCUCACUGAAACUUUUUCACUGUUUAUUUGGGAGUAAAAACGUUUGUAACGUUCAUGUUUGUGUUUUUAUUAUUUAUGGGAUUUUUAUGGGUUUGAUGUGACAUGAUGUUUAAAUCUACACGUUAUUGUAUGGAGCUUCUCUAGUCAUUCUACAAUCCCAGUACCACCAGUCCAAACUCCACAACAGCUGCAAAUUCAAGCCAGGGACCAAGUGCACAACUUCUGCUCUGUUCUUUACUGAUCUGUUCUUUUCUGUUCUGUUCUUUCCUGUUCUGCUAUGUUCUGUGCUGACCUCUGAACAGACGUUGCUUCAUAAUAACACAGAAAUAAACAAAUAAGUGAAUCUGAUUAGAUGAGAAAUUGUAAUUAUAACCGUUUCACCUCAAUAGACUGAA